AAGCCUCCGCUACGUCUCACACCAAACCAGCUUGCAGUACAGAGAGGAGGCAAUGAGCAACGGGAUGUGGUUUCCUACUCUGGGGCUGCUGGCCACGCUGUGCUGCUUCAGCAUGGGGCCGGUUCAAGGGGGGAAGGUGCUGGUUAUGCCUGUGGAUGGAAGCCACUGGCUCAGCAUGAAGAUAUUGGUGAAGGAACUCAUGCGCAGGGGCCAUGAAGUCGUAGUGCUGGUGCCAGAAAGCAGCCUGUUGAUCCAAGGCUCAGAGAGCUUCAGGACAGAGAUUUACAAAGUGCCUUACACCAAAGCUGACCUGGAGGGAACUUUCAACGAAGAUGUGUUCCUCAAACCCCCAGAAUUUGCAGAUUUGAUAGUGAAUAUAAAGCUACUGGUCGACUUUACUUCACUCCAGGUGAAAGGUUGUGAGAGUUUGCUGGACAAUAAGCCUUUGAUGAAUCGACUGAGGGAGCAGGGUUUUGAUCUUGUGCUUACAGACCCCUUCCUUCCUUGCGGGUCUGUCCUGGCUCAUAUGUUUUCCAUUCCAGCUGUUUAUUUCCUUCGUGGGAUUCCAUGUGAGCUGGAUAUGAAGGCUAACAAGUGUCCUUCUCCUCCUUCCUAUGUUCCAGUGUUUUUCUCUGGAAAUACAGACUCGAUGACUUUCUCAGAGAGAGUAAAAAACUUUGUAAUGUAUGGUGUGCAGUCCUACACUUGCACAAUACUCUAUCCUCACUUUGACGAUCUAGUCAGCAGGUAUAUAGGAGAGAUUUCAACUUAUCAAGAACUUGUCAGCCACGGGGCUAUCUGGCUUCUCAGAUAUGACUUUACCUUUGAAUGGCCCAGACCUCUCAUGCCAAACAUGGUGUUAAUUGGAGGGAUCAACUGUGCAAAGAGGGCUCCCCUGCCAGCGGACUUGGAAGACUUUGUGAAUGGCUCAGGAGAUGACGGCUUCAUUGUGUUUAGCAUGGGUUCAGUGGUGUCCACCAUGCCUGCAGAGAAAGCAAAGCACUUCUUAGACGCUUUUCGAAAAAUACCUCAAAGGGUCUUGUGGAGAUACACUGGUGCACUACCUGAUGAUUUACCCAAGAAUGUCAGAGUUAUGAAGUGGUUACCUCAAAAUGAUCUCCUAGCCCAUGCCAAGGCUAAAGUCUUCAUCACUCAUGGAGGCUCCCAUGGUAUCUAUGAAGGUAUCUGUAAUGGUGUGCCCAUGUUGAUGUUUCCACUUUUUGGAGACCAGGGAGACAACGUGAAUCGCGUGUUGGGCCGUGGCGCUGCUUUGAAACUCAGUAUAUACGACGUGACAACUGAACAGCUACUGGGUGCGCUAAAGAAACUUAUCUAUGACAAAAGGUACAAAGCAAAGAUGAUGGAGCUUUCAGCGAUACACCUAGACCGUCCCACUGAGCCUGUGGACCUAGCUGCGUUUUGGACCGAGUUUGUCAUGAGACACAAAGGAGCUUCGCAUCUCAGAGUGGGCGCUCAUGAUUUGAACUGGUUUCAGUACCACAGCUUGGAUGUGCUGUCGUUUUUCGCCGUCAUUCUCAUAACAGUUGUGUGGAUGACAGUGAAAUGCUGCCAAUUUUGUAUCCGCAAGUGUUGCGGGAAAGGAACUGCAAAAAGAAAAUCUGAAUAGUGUUUAUAUCCAUUGCAUUCUUUAAUUUUUACAUAUUCAGUGACAAAGCUAAUUGUUGAAACACUGCACUGAACUUUCAGCUGGAUGUAUUGUAUGAGUGUUUUAUGUGUUCAAUGUGAAAUCUCAGCCAAAGUGUUAUUACCAGUGUAAGUUACUUUAAAAUAGUAACUUAGCUACAUUACUAGCUACUGCUAUCAAAAGUAACUCAGUUACUUCAAGUUACUUGUUACUUUAAAAGUAACUAGUUACUAGGGAAAGUAACUUUGCUUUUACUCAAUAGGAAUAGGGAGAUGUAGGUAACACCAGGCUGCAGAUGAGCUGCAUACAGGGCUGGACUGGGAC